GCAGCCGUGUGUGAGGUAAACAUGUCGGCUCAUCAGCUGGGGAACAAUUCGAAUAUGACGUCCAGCAUGAAUUAGAAAAUGAAGAAAGUGAGGACAGAGAAAGUAAUGGCUAAUGUCAAUGACUAUUUAAAGAGGAGAAAUUUGGAGUACGCUCGGACCAAGCGCCUCGGUUGUCGCACUGAAACAAACAAAGUGCAGAGGACAACACUCACCCACAUGGCAAAUUUUUUUGGCAGAAUAUUUAUGCAGAGUGUAACAUCAGGAGGAACAAUUACAGAACAGCAAGCAGGAGUGUUAGGACUUGUUUCUCCCUCUACUCCUAAUAGCUUCACUUUUUCCACCACCUCAACACACCAUUCACAUAUUGAUCAUCAGUAUGUCAGGCUCAAGUCAUGGAUGAUGGAGGCAAGUGAACCUUGUCGGUCAGAAUUGUCACAAGUGUUGUUCCCACUCUUCAUCCACCUGUACUUAGAGCUAGUAGCUGGCACAGGACGGCAAGUUGCCAAAAAGUUUUUCAUAAAGCACUACCAGGUGUUCUUAGUGAACCGAGACUAUGAAAACACAUUGUCACAAGUUUUAAGUGCUGCAAACAUAAGUACAUCUGGGGAUAUGAACUCUUCUCCAAUCAUUCAGAAUCUCAAGAGUGGCAAGUAUCUGGUCCGGCUGAGUGAGCUGACUCUGGAGUACUUCUUGCGAUACCUCAAAGCCACCGAGAACCCGAUUUUGCUACAGAUCUUCAAUACCUAUAUAGAAGUAGAAGUGGAUGACUCUGGUGCUGGCAGUUCAGGAGCAGUGUUUCGCAGUCCAGAAACAAACUCCACUUCAUCAAAUGCUUUGGUUAAUGGUCACACACCAGAGUCUAUGUCAUCAGAUACAGCGGCAGCCACAGCUGAUGGAAUGGAUUGUAGCCAGGAGGAGCUACAAAAAGUGAAAGAUGUGAUGGCCCUCAUAAAAAUAGCACAGCCUUCUUCUCCAUCAGUGUGUGUUUAUACUGUUUCCAAUGCAUAUAAUGGCCUGAGUUGUGCUAGUGUUAAUGCAGAGGGCAGAUUGCUGUCAUGUGGGUUUGAAGAUAGUGUCAUUAAACUGUGGAAAUUAACUCCUCCAGUACAUAAUGUAGGGUUUAGAAAAACUAGCACACUGGUGGGACCCAGAGGUGGAAUAUCACAUACUCUUCUCGCUUGUGAUAAUUCCCGGAUUGAGGAUGAUGGUGAUGGAACUGAAGAGGAAGAAAGAGAAGAGGAAGAAGCAGCAGCAGCAGCAGCAGCAGAGGCAAGGAAUGGUGGGAGAAGAAGAAAUCGUGGAGGAGAACUCUUUGCUUUAAGGGGACAUAGUGGACCUGUUCUUGACACUACUUUUACCCAUGAUUCAACUCACCUUUUAUCUGUCAGUGAGGACACUACCAUGCGCUUAUGGAACCUUGAAAGUGGCCAGGCAGUUGCGCUUUACAGAGGCCACAACUAUCCUGUGUGGUGUGUUGCUGUUGGUCCUCUUACCAUGUAUGUAGCAACUGGCUCAUAUGAUAACACAGCUAGAAUAUGGUCUACUGACUGUACAUAUCCUUUACGUACCCUGGCAGGUCACACCCAAGCUGUGGAUUGUGUGGCUUUUCAUCCCAAUGGCACAUACCUCGCCACUGGGUCUUGUGAUCGGACUAUAAGGCUGUGGCAAGUAACAGAUGGAGAUGCAGCACGGAUUUUCCUUCACCAUAAAGCUGCUAUCAACUCCUUAUCAUUUUCUCCAAAUGGAAAAUACCUAGCUUCAGGUAGUGAUGAUGGGGCAGUUGCAGUGUGGGAUCUGGCUGGUGGACGUGUGCUUACUGAACUGUGUGCUGGAGGACAAACUGGCAGUGGUAAUACAGAAGUCUCACCUCACUUGGACUCCAUGGUGGGCCUGUGCUGGUCAACUGACUCCUCUGUCUUAGUCUCUGCUUCAAGUGAUGGCUGUGUGCGCACUGGCCAUCUAAGACAGACAUCUGUUAGUGAUGGAGGAUCAGCUUGGGAACUGAAUGAGUUGUGCCAAGUUCAGUGUAGUGGAAGUACAAAUGGAGGAAUGGUCAGUAAUGGAGGAGGAGGACAACUACUUCAUACUUCCCUUACGUGUCAUAACUACCUCACAGCUGUCACCACUCUUGAUGUUGAGAGAUAAGAUCUGAUCAUUGGUUUUCCCUAACAUCAUUGUGUAAGGUUUCUACUUCAGCUGCUGUGGAUAACAUUAUCAUUUCGAAUGGUGCUACAAAACCAUUAAAGAUACAAAGUCAUUUAUUGAUGUUAAUUUUAAACUAACAUUAAUAUUUAGGGUCUCAUUAAAAAAUGUAUUUAUAAUCAUCAUGUGCAGUUGUUGAAGUAGAUUCUCCUGUUAGAGCUAUCUGCAAGUAUUUGUACAGGUUGACAACCCUUUAUCCGAAAUCCGAAAGUUAUUUGUGGAGCAUUUUUUUUUUUUUUUUUAUUAUUA